CAUCAAGGGCGGAAGCACAGCGCUUACAAUACAAGCCCUCCCAGUAACGAUUACAGGCGAAAAGCUCAUCGGACCAAAACCCAUCUCAUCUCAGAGAUCGAAGCUGAGAAGUUCCAAUCAUGGCGUUAGCUUCUCGUCUCGUAUCGAGAUCCAGACAGCUCUAUGCUGGUCAGAUAGUUUUACAACAGGAGCAUGGUGUUCCAGUUCGCUUCUUUGCGAAGGAAGCUGGGCAAACUUGUUCUCCGAAUCCCAGCGGAUUCAAUACACCAUUCAGACACUGACUAAAGAUAUUCCAGAUGCUCGAACAUAUCUCCAGACAUUGAAGAAUAUAAGAAUCAAGAGAGGCCUCACUGAUGAACUUGGUGCGGAGGCUAUGAUGAUGGAAGCCCUGGACAAAGUUGAGAAUGAAAUCAAGAAACCACUUCUGAGGUCUGACAAGAAGGGAAUGGCUCUUCUUAUGGCCGAGUUUGAUAAGAUCAAUAAGAAGCUUGGCAUUCGAAGGGAAGAGUUGCCGAAAUAUGAGGAACAAUUGGAACUCAAAAUUUCAAAAGCUCAGUUGGAGGAGCUGAAGAAGGAUGCUCUUGAAGCAAUGGAAACUCAGAAGAAACGGGAGGAGUUCAAAGACGAGCAGAUGGUUGAUGUGAAGUCAUUGGACAUCCGAAACUUCAUCUGAAAAAGAAAGAUUAAUCCCUCAUUGUUUCCAUAAUAUCCUUAAAAUUUUCUUGUUCUACUUUAUGGUUUUUGCUGCAUGUUUGUUCAGCUAGAAAGUCUGAUACAGCGGACUAUUGGGGGACCCCACAUCUAAGAUGGUCCAAUACUUAAUGGUUUCCCCUAAAUAAGUAUCAAUUAGACGAGCUGAGAAUAGGGAAUUCAUAGAAUUGCUUUGUUUCUAUUUUCAGAUUUCUGGUUUGACAUGAUAUUGAGGCAGGCAAGAGUGGGUAUGACACUGUUAAUACUCACAUCUUUUUUUACCAA